AUGUCAGCGCCCUCUUUAGAAAAGCACCAUAUGUAGACUGUGGAGUCGCGUUAGAAGCACGUGUUAACGCUGAGAAUUAGACUACCACUAGUAUCAAAUAGUUUAUAAUUACGAUGGAAGAAUUCGUUUUAGGAUCACCUAAACCAAAGGAAAAGAAAAAAAAGAAGAAACAUUCUCUUGGUGAUGUGCAAGCUGAAGAAGACUUCCAAAUUGAACCAUCAGAAAAGAAAGGAAGUUUGAAUACUUCACAGUGGCCAUUAUUACUAAAGAAUUUUGAUAGGCUCAAUGUUCGAACUAACCAUUACACACCUCUUCCACAUGGAUGUUCACCACUCAAACGAGACAUUAAAGAUUAUAUCAGUUCAGGAUUCUUGAACUUGGAUAAACCUGCCAAUCCAUCUUCACAUGAAGUUGUGGCUUGGGUUAAGAGGAUUUUGCGAGUUGAAAAAACUGGACACAGUGGCACUCUUGAUCCAAAAGUUACAGGAUGCUUAAUAGUUUGUAUAGAACGAGCAACUCGUCUUGUUAAGUCUCAGCAGGGGGCAGGAAAGGAGUAUGUUUGUAUAUUUCGACUACACAGUGCACCAGAAAAUCAGCAACAAGUUGUAAAAUGUCUUGAGGGCUUAAAUGGUGCACUCUUUCAACGUCCACCACUAAUAUCUGCUGUGAAACGACAACUGCGAGUCAGGACAAUAUACGAAACAAAACUACUAGAAUACGACCAAGAAAAACAUAUGGGUAUAUUUUGGGUGAGUUGCGAAGCUGGUACAUAUAUUAGGACAUUGUGUGUUCAUCUUGGACUACUACUUGGUGUGGGAGGACAAAUGCAAGAGCUGCGAAGAGUUCGUUCUGGAAUCCAAUCAGAAAAGGAAGGACUUGUGACAAUGCAUGAUGUUUUAGAUGCCCAGUGGUUGUAUGAUAAUCAUAAGGAUGAGAGUUACCUCAGACGUGUGAUCAGACCAGUGGAAGGACUUUUAGUGUCUCAUAAGAGGGUAAUCAUGAAAGACAGUGCUGUCAAUGCAGUUUGUUAUGGGGCAAAAAUUAUGUUACCUGGGGUACUUAGGUUUGAAGAUGGCAUAGAGUUGAAUGAAGAGAUUGUUAUUGUUACCACCAAAGGAGAAGCCAUUGCUUUAGCCAUCGCUCUGAUGACAACAGCAACAAUUGCAAGCUGUGAUCAUGGAGUAGUGGCAAAGAUUAAACGAGUAAUCAUGGAACGAGAUCAGUACCCUCGAAAGUGGGGUCUAGGCCCAACAGCAUCAGUGAAAAAGCAAAUGAUUAAGGAAGGAAAGUUGGAUAAGUAUGGAAAACCCAAUGAGAUGACUCCAGGAAGCUGGGUUGAAGAAUAUAAGGAUUUGAGUCUUGUCAAAGGAGCACCACAAACACCAUCUGUUCCCCAAGAAACUGUUCCUUCUAUUAAAAAGCGAAAACACAGUAGUAGUAGUUCUACCUCUACAGAAGAAGUGAAGCCAGUUAUAAAAGAGGAUUUGCUUGAAUCCUUGCCAAGUACCUCAGAGAUAAAGAAAGAGAAGAAGAAAAAGAAAAAGAAGAGGAGAGAAGAUGAUGGUGAAGCAGUUGAUCAAGCAGUGUCUGAGCCAAAAAAGGAAAAGAAGAAAAAGAAGAAAAAAGACAAGAAAAAGGAACUUUAAAAGAAAUAUCAGAAUUGUUGGGCUGGUCAUUAGGAUUCAUUCAAUCUUCAUUGUUUAUAUUCAACCAAAACUGAAUAAACUUUUAUUACAUCUUGUAAAACUCAA